CAGUCACUCAACCUGAGAAUUCCAUCCUGUCCACGUUGCAAAUUCCCUUUUCUUCUCGAAAUUCACAUUCUUUCACCCUGUAUAUACCCUAUCACCCCGUGUUCGACUGACGAAAGGUCUCUAUAAGCGCUCUUAGGACACAUCUCACUUCUCCCCCUUGGUGCCUGGACUGGCGGUUUUCCACUGAACUUCACCGAUCUUUCCACCCUACCCAUCAUUCCACAGGGCUCCGGCGCCUUUUGUUCGGUCCUAUCACGUUUCCAACCAUCUCUCUUCUCUCCCUGCUAGGUUUAAAGCCUCAACAACCAAGGCAAGAGAUCUCGAGGAGGCAUGUUGGCCGUGCGAAGUCCCAUGGAUGCUUUGCCACGUUCCGCCUCGUUGGGCCCGGAGCGGGAAAGUCUUAUGCGACACCCAUCCGCCGAGGACCUCGACGCUGCUCAUCAACUUGUGUCGUCUGCGCGUGGUGAACGUCACGGAUCGCAACCACAAUUGUCCGCUUACGAUGGGCAUGUGAGUGACGCCGCCACUGAAGGUAGCCAUCCCAGUCGGCCGAGCCCAAGACCCGAGGCCGCCGAAACGCCACGUUUGUCGCAUGAGCAAGCGGAACAGCAAGAGGACAGCACCGUGCUGGGCCAAGUCUGCAGCAAUUGUGGCACGACCAAGACACCCUUGUGGCGGCGAUCACCAACAGGUACGACGAUAUGUAACGCUUGCGGCUUGUAUUUGAAAACUCGAAAUACACCAAGACCGACCACCUUCAAACGUCCAGCUUCAACUGCUCCUGGAGAGAGUCCGCGUCAACGCGCCACCACUUCCCCUGUGGCAGCAGGAUCUCCAACCUCAACAUCAAACCAAUCCACCAGUAUACCUUAUAGAGCACCCGAACAUACCCCGGGUUCUUGUCCGGGUGGAGGCAAUUGCAAUGGGGCUGGCGGGGCCGAGGGUUGUUCAGGAUGCCCAGCCUACAACAAUAGAGUCGCACGCUCUACCAACCCUUCAGCGGUCGUGACGAGUGCCCCUCAACCUUUGAGGGAAGAAGCUCUCCCAUCUACUUCGGUUCCCGCUCAAACCCAAGCCGUCAACACCGAUACCCAGUCUCAGCCUUCGCCUGGUAACACUUUAGUUGUCGCCUGCAAGAACUGUGGCACCACGGUCACGCCUUUGUGGCGCCGUGAUGAGCAAGGUCAUCCUAUCUGUAAUGCAUGUGGCCUGUACCACAAGUUACAUGGUGCACAUCGACCUGUUCAGAUGAAGAAGUCCACCAUCAAGAGAAGGAAAAGAGUCGUCCCAGCAUAUCCGGAUUCACAACGACCGGACGCGCCUUCCUCUCAAAAGACAGUCUCUAUCUCUCCCGAACCCGUUUCACCAGAACAAGCCGUCUACCAAGAUUCUGUCGACGCGUCACCUGCGCCGAAGAGGAGGAGACCGCCGCCUACCGUGGACUACACCGGUUAUGUACCCGAAACGGCGAGUAGCGACACUCAACAAACCACUCCACGACCGCCAGAGGAAUACAGAGUUCAGGUGCAACUGGCUGCUGCGGCCUCGGAAGGCAUGCAUCUGGAUCCUGCCCUGACAGAUACCGGUCGACGGAGCCAAGAUCGAGAAGUCGGUCAUUCAGUGGUUGCUGAUUCCGAACGAGAUCAAGAGCUUCUACGAGCAGAGCGACGGGCACAAUUGAUGCGUGAGGCUGAGGUUAUGAGGGCAGCUUUACGUGCGAAGGAACGAGAAAUCGACGAUCUAUCUUACGUGACGUGAGAAGACACAGAGAUGGAAAUCAUUACCGUCACGCAGUUUGGUCGUCCAAGAAAUACGAAAGAUUAUGAUGAAAACAUGCUCGAGGGUACACCCGCAAGGCGCUGGUGGUUUAUUGUGAUUAAUGCAUGAGACUCAGAACUUCAUAGGUUCUUUUUUUUUCGAGAUACUAUCAAUUGAAGUCUCAUGGACGGUGCAUCUUGCAUAGAAUCGUGCC